AUGUCUCUCACAGCUACUGCCACCGAAGUCGAGAUGUGCUCUGUCCGCACUCGCUCGCCCCACCCACCAGACGAGCCCAUCACGCCCGGCGGGGUGUUCAACGGCGACACCAGGAGCAUUCGCAAGAGCCUCGAGAUCCUCGAGUCGAGUCCUCCUCCAGCUUCGCCGACGCCUGAGGAUCUUGCGACUGCCGUACCAGCCCUCACUCCGUCGAUGCGCCGCAAGGCUAAGAUCCAGUUCGCGGUCCUCUGCGGCACACUCUUCCUCGCGGGCUGGAACGACGGUACCACGGGGCCUCUGCUCCCUCGCAUCCAGAGCGUGUACCAUGUCAACUAUGCUGUCGUCUCACUCAUCUUCGUAUUCAAUUGCAUUGGCUUCGUUUCAGCCGCCGCUGCGAAUGUGUGGCUCACUGACCGUCUCGGGUUCGGCAAAGUCAUGGCCAUCGGAGGUCUCGCCCAGGUCAUCGGGUACUGCCUCGAUGCCCCGGCACCGCCGUUUCCCGUCCUCGUCCUUGGAUACCUUGUGAACGGCUUCGGCCUGUCGCUCCAGGAUGCGGGCGCGAACGGCUUCGUGGCAUCACUCAAAGACAACGCGGCCACGAAGAUGGGCGUCCUUCACGCGGUCUACGGUCUGGGCGCGCUCUCUGCUCCCCUCGUCGCCACCCAGUUUGCGCAGCUCGAGCGGUGGUCGUUCCACUUUCUGUGCUCCCUCGGUCUUGCGCUUUUCAACUUGAUUUCGAUCGUCGUCACCUUCCGUUUCAAGGAUCAAGACGCUUGUCUCGCUGAGAUCGGCCAAACGCCCACACAUGAAUCGCAUGAGGGUGGCGGCAACAAGUACAAGCAGAUGUUCAAGCUGCGUUCCCUGCACUUGUUGGCAUUCUUCAUCUUCAUCUACGUCGGCGUGGAGGUCACGCUUGGAGGAUGGAUUGUCACGUACGUGAUCAACCUUCGUGGUGGGGGGCCUUCGUCCGGAUACAUCUCCUCCGGAUUCUUCGGCGGACUUACUCUUGGCCGAGUCGUUCUCCUCCCGGUGAACAAAUUCCUCGGCGACCGCCGCGCCAUCGUCGUCUACGGCCUCAUCGCCAUAGGCCUCGAGCUCGUCGUCUGGCUCGUCCCCUCGCUCAUCGGCGGCGCCGUCGCCGUCUCCCUCGUCGGCUUCCUCCUCGGGCCCUUCUACCCGAUCGUCAUGAACCAGUCCGCGCGCGUCCUCCCGCCGCGGCUGCUCACCGGCGCGAUCGGCUGGAUCGCCGGCUUCGGCCAGGCCGGCUCAGCCUUCCUCCCCUUCCUCACCGGCGUGCUCGCGUCCCGCGUCGGCAUCCAGGCCCUCCAGCCGUUACUCGUCUCGAUGAUGGUGUUCAUGCUCUUCCUCUGGCUGCUGGUCCCGCGGGACGCGAGGCGCGCGGACUGA